CCCAGGUGUGAGGCCUUCACACCUCGCGCGGCCUGCAGACGUCUGAAGUAGAUGCACGGCUGCUGCAGUGCCAGCCGGCUCUGAUGGUCGCCCCAUUCACACGUACAGACUGCUUACACCUUUGAUCGCGAGGGGAUUUAACCCCAGCAAGGGGCACGGGUCUCAAACUCAGUCAUUCUGUGGAGAUACACCAGUGAGGAUCAUGUCUUCUGUUCAUGGGAAUAUGCGCGUCGCGGAGCUGAAUCCUUUCCAGAUGUAUCACGAUGGAGCUUUGCAGAUGAGCAACAUGGGGAACUCAGACUAUACAGCGUCAGAUGUUACAAACUUCUUCAGCCCUGUGAACUCAGUACCGAGGGCUGAUAAAUGCGUGGCGAUCCUGACCCACAGGAGGAAGAGGACCAACUUCACCCAGCAGCAGAUAGAGGUGCUGGAGAAGGUUUACUCUGACACCAAAUAUCCUGACAUCUACCUGCGAGAGAGGCUGGAGGCUCUGACCGGGCUGCCGGAGUCCAGAAUUCAGGUGUGGUUUCAGAACAGAAGGGCAAAAUCUCGCAGACAAGUUGGCUCAUCAGUUUCCAUGAAGGUGGCUAGCACGCCUGCAGCAGGACCCUUCAGUCAAAUCCAGACCAGGAUGGGCCAAGAGAAAGUUUUUGACAACCAUGCAGCAGAGGCACACAGGAGAGGUGGGUUUGGGCUGGAGGGUAGUUUCAGACCCACAAUGCACCAAAACACAGAAGAUAAUCACAGAACCAGUGUACCUACUAAACCUACCACCAGCAGCUACGAGCACACACCCCUGUCUUGCAUCUUCGAUAAAGAGGGAACCAGAGUGAAGCCUGAGCAGAUGCAACAACACGAGCUGAGUGUGAACGUGCCAUGCUGUAACGUGCACCUCUAUCCCAAAGACAAUCAAAGUCAACACACCAACAUAACUAGCAACCAGGGUCCCAAGGUUCUGGUGGAUUAUGACAAUUUCCCUCCAAACAAGACCAUCGGACCGGAGAUGAAAGUUGUCAUCCCUCCUAUUCCCACCCAGAAUAACUUCAGCAGGUCGUCACCAAAGGAGAACGGAUGUCAAAUUCGGUAUCCAUGUGUGAGGAGCGGAGGGGACAGGUUCGAUCACUUCUCCCCGAUUAACGGCACCGAGGCGCAGGACUUCACUGACUCAGACUCUGACUGGGAGAACGAGGCCAUGGCUGGUUUUGGAGGCUUUAUGUGAGGACUCACGAGAGGUGAUAUAAAAACAGAUACAUGUGCUGUGAGAGGUAGCUGUUUGUGUAAAGUCAUUUAAUUGUAUUUAUUGUAAAAUAGUAAUAAAAGUGUAAAAAAUGUUGUAAAAACAAAAGAGAAACCCUGAUUGGUUUAAUCUGUAAAUAAAGACUAAGAGGUAGAAGACCAAA